AUGGUCUCCACAUCGAUCGUCGCAGCCUCAGAUCUCCAACACCAUGAAGUACACCCUGGCCGCCUGAACCACAUUAGAAUUCCCCGAGGGCAAUCUCAUGUGGACAUUGUGAACCUCUAUCAGUAUGCAGCAAGCGACUCAGACGGAGUCUAUGAACGUCGCAUGGGCCUCUUGACUAAGCUCCAAAAAUGCGUUGCAGGUCUACCUCAACGGAAUUCGGUCGUCUUGGGAGGCGACUUUAAUUGCCCACUUGAGCCCCAUCCACCACAGUGCGGACACUGUGUUCUACCGCAUAACCCCAUCCGAUACAAGGACUACAGGGACCACGAAAACGUCGUCCAGACCUUGAACCUUGUUGCCCUCAACACAUGGUGCAAGCCUCGUCAUGGGCAACUAGCCACGUUCACCUUUGGCAGCUUGGCGUCGCAAAUUGAUUAUUUGAUGGUCAGGUCCCGACAGGCCAACUCCGAAGCAAGGCGGGCACAGGUCAUAGAUCAGUUUCCGGUUGCAGCAUGGAGAGAGGGAGCCAACCAUCACCCGGUCGAGGCUCGCAUCCCGGUGCCCAGACUUGUGCCCAAACCUCGGCUUCCACAGGCAUCAGUAGUUAGAUUUGGUCAAGAUGCUCUACCUCGCGAUGCUCAACAGGCGGAAGCGACCCCCUCACUGACGGCAUUGCGACAGGAGGUGUCGGCAAGGCUUCGCGAAAUCGGAGAUGCCAAUGAAGUGCUCAUUCAGGCAGCCAACAAGCAUUACCCGCUUCCACCUCGUCCACCACGACAACCAGAUCAGCCAGAGGCGCUUGCUAACUCUGCCAAACACAUGUGGGCGUUACACCGGGCCAUGACCAAAUGUGAGGCCACGUUCGGUACGGCAGCGGCCCUGAAAACGCAUGCCCGUCGUGCACAUGACAUCAUAGACGAGCACCCAGUAGUCUUCAAUAAGGCUGAGCACGCAUUGGGGGGGCUGCCUACAUGCAGUAAGUGCCACAAAAAGUUCUCCAAGUGGCAGACUUUGGCCCAGCACAUCAAUCAGAACAGCUGUCCGCAGAUGAUUGUGCAGCCGAUGCCGGUGCAGGAAGCUGAUGCACACAUGAACAUGCCUGCGACAAACCUCUUGAAUGCUACAACUCAGGUGCUGUGUCAGCGCACGGAGGUGGUUCGAGCUUCACAGAAGGGCAUCAAUGCCUUUAUACAGCUAUCCGACAUCAGUGUUCGGGAACAAACUCAAAACCUUAGUGCAGAGAGCGGCCACAGCCAGUCCUACUUGCCACUACUGUGGCGCGACCUGUCGAUGCUAGCAGAUCCGGACCUCAACGAGUUCUUCGGCGAAGUCUCUCAGGAACAGUCUCUCAAACGUCGCAGGCCGACAGAGGACAGCAAGGGGCAGGGCAAGGGCCAGGCUCAGAAGAACAAGGAGGGCAAAAACGACGAAUUGGUGACUACUUUAGCCAGACUGGCACUGCGACAGGAGGAAGAACUGCAGGUUCUCAAACAAGAUCAUUCGUUCAUGAUGUUCAUGAAGCCAGGCAAGACGGCAACCCUCUUCAAAAAGAAGCAAGCGGAGUCGCCCACUUGGGGAACAGGAUUUCAGCCGGCCCAUCAAGUACUGGCACUGGCUCUCUUUCGGGAGCUUGCCAGCCGUCUCGAGCUGUUGGGAAAGGACCAGGCCAAGCUCAAGGAAGUAGUCGACAUGGGAUGGGCCACGCCAGAGCUGGCGUGGAAAUUUCAGGCAUGGAACCCCCAGCUUCGAAUCCUGCAGGAAGACAAGGACCGCAAGCCGCUCACCACAGCCGAGGUGAAGCACUCCCUCGAGAAGCUCUACGCAGCAGCCAAAACAGGAGUAGUAACUCGCUUCAGCUGCACACGGAAACUCACGGAGACCAUGGAGAACCAGGCCAGCUUUUACUUCGAUCUUUCUGGCAGAGGGGCGGGGAUCGAGGCAUGGGAGCACAUGGAGAAGCUCGAGGCAUGCUGCGUCCUGCAGCUGGUGGGGCUUGCAUACAAGCGGGCGGGUCUGAGACGGGGCUUACUGGCUCAGAAGCUGAGGGAACUCCUCGGCCAGCGCUGA